CUGUCCCUGWAAUAAACCACCCAGAAACUGAAUACCUCAAUAAAUAAAAAGGAAUCUCCUAAGAGGUGAGAUGAACCUUGAAGAGUAUUUUGCAAGAACUGGCUAUAAAGGCUCCACUGAAAAACAAGACUUGGAAACCUUAACCGAUAUAUUCCAGCACCACAUCCGUGCCGUUCCCUUCGAAAACCUCAGCAUCCACUGCGGGGAGAAAAUUACUCUGGAGCUGGAGCAUGUUUACAACAAGAUCGUGAGGAGGAAGCGGGGUGGCUGGUGCAUGGAGAACAACCAGCUGCUGGGCUGGGUGCUGAAAUGCCUGGGCUAYGACACCAGCUUCCUGGGAGCCUACGUGUUCAACCCCCACCAGAACGCCUAUGCCACCCUYAUGACCCACCUGGUGGUCAAGGUGGUCAUUGAUGGCCAAGCCUAYGUGGUGGAUGGAGGCUUUGGGGUGUCCUACCAGAUGUGGCAGCCCAUGGAGCUCGUGUCAGGGAAAGASCAGCCCCAGGCUCCCGGCGUCUUCCGCUUCACGGAAAAGAACGGUGUCUGGUACCUGGAGAAAAUGAGACGGAAACAGUACAUCCCCAACCAGAGCUUCCUCAACUCUGACCUGCUGGAGAAAAAGGAGUGUCGGAAAGUUUAUAUGUUCAGCCUGGAGCCACGGACAGUGGAAGAUUUCCGUUUCCAGUGCACGUACCUGCAGACCUCUCCGGAUUCCCUCUUCACAAAGAAGUCCAUCUGCACCCUCCAGACCACGGAUGGAUUCCGAGCACUGAUUGGGUGGACGCUCACUGAGACCACGUACAACUACAAGGAAAACAUGGAUCUGGUGGAAUUUGUAACUCUUGAAGAUGAAGAGGUGGAAAAAACCCUCAAAGAGAAAUUCAACAUCACCCUAGAGAGAAAACUUGUCCCCAUUAAUGUUAAAGGAUCUUACACAAUCUAGAUGAGCAAUGCUACGUGUGUACAGCACUUUCCAUUGUCUGUGCAAUCCUCUACUGCAAUGUUAUGGGGUUCUUUUGCAGGUGACUGAAGGAUAUAUACAUUAAUAUGAGAUUAAAGUGAAUUUCACUUUGGGAAAAAUCACGAAUUUAAGACUCUUGAGUCAGUUAAGUAAAAUUAUUUGCUGUGAGAUGACUGCCGUUCAAUUUUUGGCACAAAUGUAGGAUUUGAUUUGAAUCUGGUUAUAAGAAAUACGUCUGGGGAAUUUUGGACUGCCUGUAGCACAUAAAUAGGAGUAUGGAUUAUUAAUUGUGAUAUGCUGCCAACACAUUUUCAAAGGUUAUUACAGGGAGACAAGUCAUCUGUGGGCAUUUAGACAAUGAAGUACACAUUUAAAACUUCAUUUUUCACAAGAUCCAGCCACUCACAGCUCAUCUCAUUCCUCUACCCUUAAYAUAAGUGAAACUAUGUCAUCUUGGAAAAGAGCAUUAGGAGGCAUAAUUCUUUCACCAUCAUCCUUAGACAAACCAUAGUACAAAAUGAAAAUUAUCAUCAUGUGCAUCCCUCUGGCCAUUACUGCAGAAAACUGCCCCAAGUAAUUUUUGGUAUGUACCUAUUCUUCUGGUGAUGAAAAUUCUAUAUAUUGCAGUGUUAUUGUGGCUGAUGGGCUCUGAGGAGAUAACUGCUAAGCUUUGUUUCUGAGAUGCAAUCAUCCUCUAAACUGUGACUGGUGCUUAAAUGUCACAGCUGGCUUAGAUUUACUUUUGUCCCAAAAKGGAUGGUAAUUCUGUAUUUUUAGCAUUGCAUUAUAUUCUUGUAUGAAGCUAACCCUAAUGUACCCUUAAUUCUGUCCUCUUUGUGGACAGCAAACAUGAGGGUCCACAUGGCUGUCCCAAAUGGGRACACUUAGCACAGAAGCUUUAAUGUCAUUACUGUUUGUUCAUCUUUAUCAAAGAAAAAACAGCCCAGGGAGCCAGCCAAAUCUAAAGGAAACCUUUUCUUUUAUUUCACAAUCACAUUUCCCCAUUUUUUAAAAAACACUGUUCCUCCUACCAUGCUUCUCUGCAAAAAGCUCAACCAAGGAAACCACUAAGAAAGGGGAAACAUUCUUAAAUGCAGCAAAAAAUAGCAGGAACACUGAAAAACACUCUUUCUCCCUGGUCUGUGAUCAGCCUGAGUAUUGGUCAAAUGGUGAUUCCUCCCACUGAUAGUGUAUUUUUGCUCAAAGACAUCAUCUGUUAAUUAAUCUCACAAAUGGUCUAACUGUAUACCUGAAAAUAAAUAAAAGGAAAAUAUUAUGAUAUUUUGAGUUGUUUUAGGUACAGCUGCCCCCAGCUGCACUGCACUCCCCAUCUGCCAAAUGAGGGCUGUUCCCUCGUGCUACUGAUCUGCUGGCCAACCCUUCCCACCUCAGACUUCUUAGGAUCAUAGGAUCUUCGAGGCUGGAAAAGCCCUUUAAGAUCAUGGAGUUCAACAAUCAACCCAGCACCAUGCUCACCAUGACACCAUGUCCCCAAGUGCCACUUCCAGGGAUGGUGACUCCACCACUUCCCUUGGCAGUCUUCCAAUCCUUAACAACCCUGCAGAAAAAACAUUCCUAAUAUCUAAUCUAAACCUUCUCUGGCAUAAUUGGGGGCCAUUUCCUUUCGUCCAGUCACUUGUUAGCUAUUCCUUGUUACCUGUUUACUGUCACUUCUUGAACUGAACAGGCCACUAUUGAACAAAUGCGAGAGUGGGGUUGGAGAUGGYGAGUUCCUACAGGUACCUGGAUGAAGAGCUCGUAGGCUGAGGCAGAUGACCACUGAAGAGGAGGCUCAGGAGUCAUCUCUGCUGGGCCUGGCAGCCACUAGCUCUGGGCUGGUCAUGGUGUGUGCCAGCUCUUUGUGUGACUGGCCCUGGUGGCAGCUCRUGACCUGGGUGCACAGAGUUGCACAGGGAUGUGGAACUGAGAGCCAAGCAAGAGGUGACAGGGGACACACAAAGAUCCUACUGAGGU